AUGGCCUAUAAUAAGGAUUUCAGAGACCUUACUAGUUUUGUGGUAGGGGAUGGAUCUAAAAUCAGAUUUUGGGAGGAUGAAUGGUGUGGGGUGGGUAAACUAUGUGAGUUAUACCUGAGGCUAUACAAAUUAUCAGACGCUGAAAUCACUAUUGGUGAAUGUUAUGAAAGAAGGGAGAAUCAGUUGAUUUGGAGCCAACAAUUUAGGAGGCCUCUACUGGACAGAGAAGUUGAAGAAUGCAUCUUGCUAUUAGAAAAACUUGAGGGGAUAAAACCAGCAUUUCAGCAGAGAGAGAAGCUGUGGUGGAAGGAGGGGAAGAAUAGCAAAUUUACAGUUAAGCCAUGCUAUAUGGCUCUCAGCAGUUCCAUCUCAGCCUCAAGUCAUAUUAAAGGCACUUGGGAAAACCCAGUCCCCCCAAGAGUUGAGGCUUUGGCAUGGCUGGUAGCCAUGGACAGUGUAUUGACAGUUGAUCAUCUGAAAUCGAGGGGUUUCAGCAUGGCUAACAGAUGUUGUCUGUGUGAGGGACAGGAAGAGGAUGCUACUCACCUAUUCAUAUGUUGUAAGUUCUCAAGCUUCUUGUGGAAAGUAUUCACAUCCAUGUUCGGGGCCUCAGACUUUCACCCAACUUUAAUAACAGAAAUCUUUUCUACUUGGCCCAGGCUGAGUGGGAGCAAGAAGGUAAAUUUGCUAUGGAGAUGUAUCCUAUUUGCAAUCUAUUGGAACAUUUGGAAGGAGAUGAACAGAAGGAUAUUCGAAGAUAAAGCUUUCAACAUGGACAAGAUCGUUGCUGCUGUGGGCAGAUCAGUGGUAGAUUGGUUGCUGAUUCUUCCAGAGUUCAGCCAAGCAGAAAGAGAAGACUUCGUCAUUAGAUUAGGAGAAUUCCUGGAUUUUUAG